AUGACGACGCCUGCCAUUCGGAUUCCCUUCACGGGACCAUUGCCACCUGCUAUCAUAAUUCCUCGGGCAGCGACAACGAUUGCAGGAGCAAUUGAGGCUAUCAGCACUUUCCUCACUGCACCGCCGUCCUCAAAUCUCCGCGGCAUCGAUGUGGGGAGACAUUCCCAGACGGUACUACUGACUGGCGCAGGUAUCUCCGUCGCAUCUGGUCUGUCGGAUUAUCGAGGCGACCAGGGUACCUACCGGGUAAACAAAUCCUAUCGUCCGAUUUACUACCACGAGUUCAUCUCCCACCAUGAGUCGCGCAAGCGGUAUUGGGCGCGCAGCUUCGUUGGAUGGCCUGGACUCUUGAAAGCGAAGCCGAACUCGACUCAUUGGGCAAUUAAAGGUCUCAGUGAGAAGGGGUACAUUAGUUCCGUUGUGACACAAAAUGUCGACUCGUUUCAUUCCCUCGCGCAUCCGGAUUUGUCUACCCUCGAACUACACGGAUACUUGCGAUCGGUCGUCUGCACGAGCUGUCGAAACCAACUUCCCCGCGCUGACUUUCAAGCAUCGCUGGAGAGACUCAAUCCAGCUUGGGCGGAGUUUUUAGCUCGUAUAGUUGCAGAGGGUGCGCUCGAUACCGAUAAUCCGGAGGAACAACGGCAGAAAGGCUUGAAGCUUAACCCGGAUGGUGAUGUCGAUCUCGCUGAAGCACCAUAUUCUACUUUUCGUUAUCCUUCAUGUCCGACCUGUUUGGAGAACCCUCCCACGCUGAGCGAUGGCAAGAAGGCGACUGUAGAGAUAGAGAGCGACGGUGCGUUAUCGGCGACUUCAAAUGCCGGCAUUUUGAAACCGGCAGUGAUCAUGUUUGGUGAAAAUAUCGAUCCACUGGUGAAGACAGCGGCUGAGGAGGCCAUUGAUGAUGCUGGGCGGCUACUCAUUUUGGGCACCAGCCUAGCGACUUUUUCGGCCUGGCGCCUAGUGGAACGAGCACACAACCGAGGCAUGCCUAUUGGUAUUGUCAAUGUUGGUGGCCGCGGGGCUCCUCCCUCACGUCUCAGCAUGGAGCACUUUAGGGAUCCUGCAGCCCACCCUUUAAAGAUCGCCUCAAAUCUGGUCUCUCCUGGUCACUUUCUCUUCCAUUCUAAACCCAAACCAUCGGGGCCACCGGCUUCCAAAGUUCCACAGAAAAUGGACAAAUCUCAGCAGCCCAGUUCCUUCCAGCAGCUGGAAAAGCUCGGCGAAGGCACUUAUGCUACCGUCUUUAAAGGGCGCAAUCGCCAAACCGGUGAAAUGGUGGCGCUGAAGGAGAUACACCUGGAUUCGGAGGAGGGAACCCCAUCAACCGCAAUCCGUGAGAUCUCGCUCAUGAAGGAGCUGAAGCAUGAGAGUAUUGUCUCGCUCUACGAUGUCAUCCACACGGAAAACAAACUCAUGCUUGUGUUUGAGUUCAUGGACAGAGAUUUGAAGAGAUAUAUGGACACUCGCGGUGAUCGUGGACAGCUGGAUCCUGCCACGGUCAAGUCUUUCAUGCACCAGUUACUCAAGGGUAUCGCCUUCUGCCAUGAUAACCGAGUCCUCCACCGCGAUCUGAAGCCACAGAACCUCCUGAUCAACAAGAAGGGCCAACUCAAGCUGGGUGACUUUGGACUGGCUCGCGCAUUCGGCAUUCCAGUUAAUACCUUCUCCAACGAAGUCGUCACUCUGUGGUACCGCGCACCGGACGUCCUCCUCGGAAGUCGCACCUAUAACACCAGCAUUGAUAUCUGGUCCGCUGGCUGCAUCAUGGCAGAGAUGUACACGGGUCGUCCGCUUUUCCCCGGCACAACUAACGAGGAUCAGUUGGUCAAGAUCUUCCGCCUGAUGGGCACACCAUCUGAACGUACAUGGCCCGGCAUCUCGCAGCUGCCAGAAUACAAGUCCGACUUCCAUAUCUACGCCACGCAGGAUCUGUCGCUGAUCAUUCCUCAAAUGGAUGCUAUCGGGAUGGAUCUGUUGAACCGUAUGCUCCAACUCCGUCCGGAGAUGCGCAUCAGCGCCACCGAGGCCCUGCAGCACCCGUGGUUCCAUGAUCUGCCCCAGAUCCAGGCUAAAUUGCAGCAGCAGCACCAGCAGCAGCAGAUGGCUGGGUACGGAGGCAUGAUCCCCCCGCAACCCGCUUAUUAG